AUGGUGCAGCAAACUCAGAAACCACUCGCUGAGGCGGAGCCGUUGUUGUUGAAGCUUCCGCAUCCAUACCUGACAGCCUACACUGUCAAGAACGUGGCUCAGCAAGGCCAGGCUGUCAGCAAUCAAAUCUCGCUCUCCAGGGCAGAGAGCAGUAGCGAGGGUAUUCCUCCGCGAACUCAGCUGGACAACGCUUCUAUCUCAUUCAGCGAUAUUGCGUUUCUUGCUCAAGACGCGGUACCGCCCAAGGGCGACAACAGCUCCUGGGCACGAGCACGCAGAUCACCUUACUUAACCGUCUCUUGGACAGGCGAGCGACCUAGCGUUGCGCAGCUGUGGCUGAUCUCUUAUGCAUUGGUAUCGCUACAUCCUUUGGUUGAGAACCUUCGUGUGCUCUUUACUGGCAGAGAUUCACAGUCGCUAGCCCAGGAACUCUACUCUACAGGCCUGUACCACCCUCACCCAAAGCCUUCCAAUACAUCAUCACCACAAGAUGGCCAUCUCCUUCUGCGAGGAGCCUUUUGGCAGGGUGCUGCAUCUCCGUUUGGCCCUCGCCCUGUCUGGGCACCACGAUUAGAUGCAUCAGGCAAGCCAAAGACCCAGCAUUAUCCAGCUUUCCCACAUCAGACAGCACCAUCUACUCAGUUCCCAGCCCUACCGCGGCACACUAUGCAUCCUGUUAGAGAACCGAAACCUGAGCCAGGGUCGGUCAUUUACAGUCGAUGGGUACCGCAUCUCAAGGAGCACUUCACUAUGAUCGCUCUCGAUUACACCAACCCUGAGCACCUUGGUCUCUUCAACAAGUGGCAGAACGACCCACGUGUUGCUGCUGGCUGGAACGAGACCGGGACGUUGGAUCAACACCGCGAGUAUUUGCGAAAGCUGCAUGACGAUCCACACGUUCUGACCAUGUUCGCGGCAUUUGACGAUGUGCUCUUCGCCUACUUCGAGGUCUACUGGGCAAUGGAAGAUCACAUGGGCGCUCACUACCGGUCGGAACUCUAUGACCGUGGUAGGCACUCACUUGUUGGUGACAUCAGAUUUAGAGGCCCAUACAGGGUCUCUGCAUGGUGGUCAGGGCUUAUGCAUUACAUGUUUCUGGACGAGCCACGUACCUGGAACCUCGUCGGUGAGCCGGCGGCUACAAGUAGCACUGUACUGGCAUAUGAUUUUGCGCACGGUUUCCAUGUUGAGAAACUCAUGGACCUGCCACACAAGCGCAGUGCGCUCAUGAUGGUGAACAGAGAGAAGUUCUUCACGUUAAGCCCCUUCGUCUGGGAUGGCGAGAAAAAGGUACGACCGAGUCUGGACGCCUUAGCUAAGUUGUAG